AUUUGCCAACCUGUAAUUUGACAGUUGUCAAAUAACCGCCGUUGCGUGUGGGUUGUGUGAUGAGUUUAUUUAUUUUUUAACAAUUAAAACCCAACUUGCCAUUAAUUUCUCAUAAUGAAUGUAAUUUCUACCAGAAACUAACAAUUUCUAUAUUUUUUUAUUAGCGAAAGUAUUUUACAAUGAAGGGCAAAUUAAUCUCUUUAACAAACCCAACUUGGGUAGCGUCUGUUUUAUGUUUAGUGUACUUAAGAACAAUUUAUGCGGAGUUGGAGCCCAAGGAGGAGAGCCCCGAAGCCAAUGGCAUCCCUAGCGCAGCCUCGUCUGAUGAUGGGCCCGGAAAGAUCAUCGCUGUGGAAAAUUUCGGCUUUAUUCACGCAUUUGUUGCCUCGUUUUCUGUGAUUCUCGUGUCAGAGAUCGGCGAUAAGACAUUUUUUAUAGCCGCUAUCAUGGCAAUGAGGCACCCCAGAACAACGGUCUUCGCGGGGGCCAUUUCAGCUCUAGCUUUAAUGACAGUCUUGUCAGCCCUGUUUGGGUGGCUGGCGAACGUCAUUCCCCGCGCCUACACUUUCUACAUCAGCACAGCUUUGUUUGCAAUUUUCGGGCUGAAAAUGCUGAAAGAGGGCUGCGCAAUGUCUCCAGGUGAAGGCCAAGAAGAACUGGAAGAAGUCCAAUCGGACUUGCGAAAGAAAGAGGAAGAGUACGAGAAACAAGCCAUGUUGCCUGACCCCGAAUCAGGCGCCCCUCGAAAGCCCAAAAGUGAUAGCAUUUUUUCGCUGAUAUCGCGGAUUUUUUUGCAGUCGUUCACUUUAACGUUUCUAGCCGAGUGGGGAGACCGCUCGCAACUCACAACGAUUAUUUUAGGGGCCAGAGAAGAUGUUUAUGGGGUUAUUAUUGGGGGGGUUUUGGGACACUCUAUUUGUACUGGCUUGGCUGUGUUAGGGGGGAGGAUGAUUGCGCAAAGAAUUUCAGUCAGGACAGUGACGAUAAUUGGUGGUGUUGUGUUCCUUCUCUUUGCCCUUUCUGCCCUAUUUUUCGACCCCAAUUUGGGGGAGUAAAAAUCGAGGUUUUUACAGUUUGAAAGAAUGCAUUUUUACGAAUUAAUUUAUUUUUAUAAAUGAUGAAUGUUUCUACAUCUCCAUACUUAAUUUAUUGCCAUAAGAAAUAAACGAAUGCGUAGUAUUACCCUAAGAACAAAAAUGUCACUAUUCAAUUUUUGGUUUUGUCCCUAAAACUUAUUAUAGCUCUGUGAUAUAUGUUUUAUAUCUAUUGUGCGUGUACAUAUUAUGUACAUAAUAAAGUAGUUUAGUAAUAA